AUGGGAUCUGUGUCUUACAGAAGCUGGCAAAAUGACAUCUUCCACAGCAGCAUACUGGAAAAUCUUUGCUCUUUAAGAUAUUACUUAGUUAUGUCAGAUCUCAAAGUAAAAUCGCUCUCCCUGUACAAAUACAACUUCGAAGCUGUUAGCAUAUGUGUUAAGAAUAUUUUAGGUGUUGUUGAUGCAGAAAAGAAGAACAUUCUUUUUGAAGACAAAGACUUUGUUUUUGGAGAGAAUUUCCAUCCAAUAUUAUCUGUUGUAAAGCAAGAAAUUUGGUUUCAGAUUGUUAAUGAAUGUCUUCACAAAUCUUCAUUCCAGAACCAUAUAAAAGUUUGA